ACUACAUGAUAGUACACUUAGUACACGUCAGAAUGUGAUUUUCUACAAUUUAAUUACUAUUAAAAUACACUAAGUAUAAAAUUAGUUGUUCCAAAAUAACAUACUUCAAAUAUACUGAUGAAUAGUCUGGCUUCAAGUAUGCUAAAAUUGAACAUACUGCGGGCCUGCUGACUGUUUUUCUCUCCCCCCCGUUUUUAUACGACUGUAUUUUCAGGUUAUACCUCAAUAUGGCUUCAUGACUGAUCUGAUCUAAAAACAGUGUCAGCAACAGUGAAGCUCCAAAAAUUACAGAACAUUUGAGUCUAUCAACUUUUGAAGAUUCUCUGCGCGUUCCUGGAGCUCUAAAGAGUGCGUGGGUAUGUUAGAGCGCGCUUCUCGCGGGUACGCGCACUCCAGAGGAGCUCUCAGCUAGACAUGGCGGCGGAUCCAAAGCCGGACUGGCUCUGCUGUCUUCCCUCUUCUUGGAGUUACGGAGUGACUCGGGAUGGACGCAUAUUCUUCAUUAACGAAGAAGCAAAGAGUACAACCUGGCUGCAUCCUGUUACUGGAGAGGCUGUGAUCACAGGCCACAGGAAAACUCCAGAUUUACCAACAGGAUGGGAGGAAGGGUACACGUUUGAGGGAGCUCGCUGCUUCAUCAAGUGAGUAGGAAUGUCUGUGGAUGAGAGGAGACUCUCCUCCUCCACCAUGUCUUCUCUCUGCUCCAUGCCUGAACAGGAACAUGUGACAGGGAUCAUAGGACACAGGAAGGGUAAUCAUAGGUG